AUGGAAGGCGACAAGCGCGAUCUUGACAUUUUCAAGGACAAUGAAAUGCCAGCUAGCAUUCCAGAAAUUGUCGCUAAGAUUCCGUUAACAGUGAAGAAGCGAGUCUGUGCCCUCAAGAAGAUUCAGCUCAAUAGUAUUGAGCUGGAGGCAAAAUUUUACGAACGGGUUCACCAGCUGGAAAAGGAAUUCGAACCUGAGUUCAAUAAGCUUUAUGAACAGGUGGCUUACUUUAAGAGAAGAAAAAUCGUUGCUGGUGAAUAUGAACCAACUGAUGAGGAAUCGAAUCUUCCCAUUAUUCAUGGAUUGCGAGACGAAGCGAUUAAAUGUCUCAAUGACAAAUCCGACCCAGAUGAUGGCUCCAAAGGUGUUCCAUCGUUCUGGCUUCAUGUGUUAAAGGGAUCCGAUAUGACUCAGGACAUGAUCCAGGAACACGACGAACCUAUACUCAAACAUUUGAUGGAUAUAACGACAACAAUUGAAGUUGACCCUCAUGGCUUCACUAUUUACUUUCACUUCUCCCCCAAUGAAUUCUUCACAAACAGUGUUUUGAAGAAGCAAUACUUUCUUGAAAUCAAACCUGAUCCUGAAGACCCAUUCUCGUUCGAUGGACCUUCUGUCGUACGUGCUAUAGGCGACACUAUUAACUGGAAGGAAGGAAAGAACAUCACGAGAAAGGUUGUGAAGAAGAAGCUGAAGAAAGGUAGCAAUGCCGGGAAGUUCAUCACGAAAACGGUGAAGGCUGAUAGCUUUUUCAAUUUCUUCGACACAAUUGUGCCUCCGAUGGAUGACCACAGGAAUGAGGACGACGAAGAAGACGAUUCACAUGAGAUAAUGCGGGCAGAUUUCGAAGUAGGGCAGGUGCUACGUGACAACAUUAUCAAUCGUGCUGUGCUGUUCUAUACCGGUGAAGCUGAGCUAGGCGAUGAUAUGUACGAUGUUGGAGAGGAUGAUGAUGACGAAGAAGAUGAGGAGGAAUCAUCAGAUGAGGACGAUGAGUAA